CGAUAGUGAACAGUAGUUGUCACUGACAAGUGAGAGUGCAUCACAGUGAAAAGUCGUGAUCUAAAGAUUGUGAAAAGAGAAUAAUAUUCCGGUGUUUUUGAAAAGGAGAAUGUCUGAAAAAUCAUCUAGGAGAAGAAGAAGCAAGAGCGGAGGCCGGUGCCGUCGCGAAAGGGUUGAGGCCUACAAAGAGGUGGUAGAGAAGGAGAAAAAUGACGCAAUUGUGAAAAAUCCUCUCUCCAAUAGAAAUCAAAAGGAAAAAGGAAAUGGGAAGAGCGAUGCUACGAAAAAUGGUCCGAAUAGGAGUAAAGAGAAUGAGAAAAAUGGGAGAAAAAGAGAAAAUAGAUUUGAAGAAAGAGGGAGAGAAUCUAGUGGAAGAGGAAUUAUAAAUAAGAGAGGAUUCGGAGGUAGGAGAGGAUUUGGAGACAGAAGAGGGUUUGGGGUCAGAAGAGGAUUCGGAGAUAGAAAAGGAUACGGAAAUAGAAGAGGAUUUGGAUAUCACAGAGGAGACGGAGAAUUUGAAGAAAGGGGAUAUAAAAUUGAAAACCAAAGAGGUAGAGGAGGUGGAUUUAACAAAGGUCGAGGGGGGCAUAAAGAACCGGGUACUGUUAACUACAUCACCUGUAACAAUGUUUUUUGUUAAUUGUAAAAAUAGAUUUUUAUUUCAUUAUACUUCCUAUAAAGAUUCUUUUAUUAUUAUUUUAUUAAAAACCACGAGUACUUAGGAAAAGA